GCUCCCCCGGGAUGGCCCGCGCGCCUCGGCGCUGCGUCUCGGAGCUCUCGGCGGAGCGGCGGCGGCCGCGCUCGGGGGGCGCGCGGCUGCGGCUGCGGCGGCGGCGGCGGCGCGGCGCUUGAAGGGGCCGCGUCGGGCGGAGCAGCGCGCCGCCAACAUGUCGGAUACGAAGGUAAAAGUUGCCGUCCGGGUCCGGCCCAUGAAUCGAAGAGAGCUGGAACUGAACACCAAGUGCGUGGUGGAGAUGGAAGGGAACCAGACGGUCCUGCACCCUCCUCCUUCCAACACCAAGCAGGGAGAAAGAAAGCCUCCCAAGGUGUUUGCCUUUGAUUAUUGCUUUUGGUCCAUGGAUGAAUCGAACACAACAAAAUAUGCUGGUCAAGAAGUCGUUUUCAAGUGCCUCGGGGAAGGAAUUCUCGAGAAAGCCUUUCAGGGAUACAAUGCUUGUAUUUUUGCAUAUGGCCAGACGGGCUCUGGAAAGUCCUUUUCCAUGAUGGGCCACGCAGAGCAGCUGGGCCUUAUCCCAAGGCUCUGUUGUGCUCUGUUUCAAAGGAUCUCCCUGGAGCAAAACGAGUCGCAGACCUUUAAAGUCGAAGUAUCCUACAUGGAGAUCUAUAAUGAGAAGGUCCGGGACCUCUUGGACCCCAAAGGGAGCAGGCAGUCCCUGAAAGUCCGGGAGCACAAGGUUCUGGGGCCGUAUGUGGACGGCCUGUCUCAGCUGGCUGUCACCGGCUUUGAGGACAUUGAGUCACUCAUGUCUGAGGGAAAUAAGUCUCGAACGGUAGCAGCGACCAACAUGAAUGAGGAGAGCAGCCGUUCCCAUGCAGUCUUCAACAUCAUCAUCACACAGACGUUGUAUGACCUACAGUCUGGGAACUCUGGGGAGAAAGUCAGCAAGGUGAGCCUGGUAGACCUGGCGGGGAGCGAGAGAGUGUCGAAGACUGGAGCGGCAGGCGAGCGGCUGAAGGAAGGCAGCAACAUUAACAAAUCGCUUACAACAUUGGGAUUGGUUAUAUCGUCACUGGCUGACCAGGCCGCUGGCAAAGGCAAAAACAAAUUCGUGCCUUAUCGUGAUUCGGUCCUCACUUGGCUUCUUAAGGACAAUUUAGGAGGGAACAGCCAGACCUCUAUGAUAGCGACCAUCAGCCCAGCGGCAGACAACUACGAGGAGACACUGUCCACGCUAAGAUACGCAGAUCGAGCCAAGAGGAUUGUGAACCACGCUGUGGUGAAUGAGGAUCCCAAUGCCAAGGUCAUCCGCGAGCUUCGAGAGGAAGUGGAGAAACUGAGGGAGCAGCUCUCGCAGGCUGAGGCCAUGAAGGCCCCCGAGCUGAAGGAGAAGCUCGAAGAGUCUGAGAAACUGAUAAAGGAGCUAACGGUGACGUGGGAAGAGAAGCUGAGGAAAACGGAAGAGAUCGCACAGGAGAGACAGCGGCAGCUGGAGAGCAUGGGGAUCUCCCUGGAGACCUCCGGCAUCAAGGUGGGGGAUGACAAGUGCUACCUCGUCAACCUGAACGCAGACCCUGCCCUCAACGAGCUUCUAGUUUACUAUUUAAAGGAUCACACCCGGGUGGGUGCAGACACAUCUCAGGACAUCCAGCUCUUCGGAAUAGGGAUUCAGCCCGAGCACUGUGAGAUCGACAUCGCAGCGGAUGGAGACAUCACUCUCACGCCCAAAGAAAAUGCAAGGUCCUGUGUCAAUGGCACCCUUGUCUGCAGUACUACCCAGCUAUGGCACGGUGACAGGAUCUUAUGGGGAAACAACCACUUUUUUAGAAUUAACUUGCCUAAGAGGAAACGGCGGGACUGGCUGAAAGACUUUGAGAGAGAAACCAGUACUGCAGAGCACGAUCUAGAUGCUGCGAGCGAGGCUUCCUCGGAGCCAGACUACAACUACGAGUUCGCACAGAUGGAGGUUAUCAUGAAAACACUGAACAGCAAUGACCCGGUUCAGAAUGUGGUUCAGGUCCUGGAGAAGCAGUACCUGGAAGAGAAGAGGACCGCCCUGGAGGAGCAGCGGCUCAUGUAUGAGCGCGAGCUGGAGCAGCUCCGCCAGCAGCUCUCGCCCGAGAGGCAGCCGCCCCGUGGCGCCGCAGACCGCCUGGCCUACAGCAGCCAGACUGCCCAGCAGAAGGUGACCCAGUGGGCCGAGGAGAGGGAUGAACUCUUUAGGCAAAGCCUGGCCAAGCUUCGAGAGCAGCUGGUGAAAGCUAACACUUUGGUGAGGGAAGCCAACUUCCUGGCAGAGGAGAUGAGCAAGCUCACCGACUACCAAGUGACUCUGCAGAUCCCUGCAGCCAACCUCAGUGCCAACAGGAAGAGAGGCGCAAUCGUCAGUGAGCCCGCCAUCCAAGCCAGGAGGAAAGGCAAGGGCACCCAGAUCUGGACCAUUGAGAAGCUGGAGAAUAAGCUAAUUGAUAUGAGAGACCUUUACCAAGAAUGGAAAGAAAAUGUCCCCGAGGCCAAGCGGCUCUAUGGGAAGCGAGGUGACCCUUUUUAUGAAGCUCAGGAGAAUCAUAACCUCAUUGGUGUGGCUAAUGUGUUUUUGGAAUGUCUCUUCUGUGAUGUGAAGCUUCAAUAUGCAGUACCCAUCAUCAGCCAGCAGGGGGAGGUUGCCGGGCGCCUCCAUGUGGAGGUGACGCGCGUUACAGGAUCCGUUCCAGAGCGCGUGGUGGAGGAUGACUCUUCAGAGAACUCUAGUGAGAGCGGGAGUCUCGAAGUGGUCGACAACAGCGGCGAAGUUAUUCACCGGGUCAAAAAGCUGACAUGCAGGGUGAUAAUUAAAGAGGCAACCGGGCUACCCAUAAGCCUCUCAAAUUUCGUCUUCUGUCAGUAUACGUUCUGGGACCAGUGUGAGUCUACAGUGGCUGCUCCAGUCGUGGACCCGGAUGUACCCUCCCCGCAGUCCAAGGAUGCCCAGUAUACGGUGACCUUCUCUCACUGUAAGGACUACGUGGUGACUGUCACAGAAGAGUUCCUGGAGUUCAUUUCUGAUGGCGCGCUGGCGAUUGAAGUGUGGGGCCACAGGUGUGCUGGGAACGGAAGCCCCAUCUGGGAGGUGGACUCCCUCCAUGCGAAGACAAGGACAUUGCAUGACAGGUGGAAUGAAGUGACCCGAAGAAUAGAGGUGUGGAUCUCCAUUCUGGAGCUGAACGAGCUCGGGGAUUACGCGGCUGUGGAGCUUCACCAGGCGAAAGAUGUCAACACCGGCGGCGUCUUCCAACUCAGACAGGGUCACUCCCGUAGAGUGCAGGUCACAGUGAAACCUGUACAGCACUCAGGGACACUGCCACUCAUGGUUGAAGCCAUCCUAUCAGUAUCCAUUGGCUGCGUGACCGCCAGGUCCACUAAACUGCAGAGAGGGCUGGACAGUUACCAGAGAGAUGAGGAGGAUGGCGGUGAUAUGGAUAGUUAUCAGGAAGAAGACUUGAAUUGUGUAAGAGAGAGGUGGUCCGAUGCACUCAUUAAACGACGGGAAUACUUAGACGAACAGAUCAAAAAAGUCAGCAAUAAAAAAGAGAAAACAGAAGACGACAUAGAGCGGGAAGCCAGGCUGGUGGAACAGUGGGUGGGGCUAACGGAGGAGAGGAACGCUGUGCUGGUGCCUGCUCCUGGCAGCGGGAUCCCUGGGGCACCUGCUGACUGGGUCCCACCUCCUGGCAUGGAAACACACAUCCCGGUUCUCUUCCUGGAUCUGAAUGCGGAUGACCUCAGUGCCAAUGAGCAGCUGGUGGGUCCCCAUGCAUCCGGUGUGAACUCCAUCCUGCCCAAGGAACAUGGCAGUCAGUUUUUCUACCUGCCCAUCAUGAAGCACAGUGAUGAUGAGGUUUCAGCCACAGCCUCCUGGGACUCCUCUGUGCACGACUCUCUUCACCUGAAUCGGGUCACACCGCAGAAUGAAAGGAUCUACCUGAUUGUGAAGACCACUGUGCAGCUCAGCCACCCGGCCGCCAUGGAGUUAGUGUUGAGGAAGCGGAUCGCGGCCAAUAUUUAUAACAAGCAGAGUUUCACUCAGAGUUUGAAGAGACGAAUAUCACUGAUCAAUAUAUGUUAUUCCUGCGGCGUGACCUAUGAGAUAGUGUCCAAUAUCCCCAAGGCGACCGAGGAGAUUGAGGACCGGGAAACCCUGGCCCUCCUGGCAGCACGGAGUGAGAACGAGGGCACUUUGGAUGGGGAGACGUACAUCGAGAAGUACACGCGGGGCGUGCUGCAGGUGGAGAACAUCCUGAGUCUGGAGCGGCUCCGGCAGGCCGUCACGGUGAAGGAAGCGCUCUCCACCAAAGCGAGACACAUUCGGAGGAGCCUCAGUACACCGAACGUUCACAACGUCUCCUCUAGCCGGCCAGAUCUCUCUGGCUUCGAUGAAGACGAUAAGGGCUGGCCUGAGAACCAGUUAGACAUGUCUGACUACAGCUCCAGCUACCAAGACGUCGCGUGCUAUGGGACUUUACCCAGGGACUCGCCUCGCAGGAGCAGGGAAGGUUGUCCAUCAGAGAAUCCUCAUGCCUUAACAAUCAGCCCUUUUAAAGCGUUCUCUCCUCAGCCACCAAAGUUCUUCAAACCCCUCAUGCCUGUAAAAGAGGAGCAUAAGAAAAGGAUGGCCCUGGAAGCCAGACCUCUCCUAAGCCAAGAGAGCAUGCCUCCAUCCCAGGCACAUAACCCUGGCUGCAUUGUAACCCCAGGAAGCAAUGGCAGCAGCAUGCCAGUAGAACCCAGUAGCAAACCCGAGAAGAAGAUUAUUCUGAAGUUAAUCUACCUAGAGGAAUUGCAUUUACUUGGCGACUCGGAAGAGGAGGAAAAUGAGCUGGAAGUUCUCAGCAGGAAGCUGAGGGAUGCACAGCCUUAUGUGCCCGUGGAGUUCGCUGACUUCAGUGUUUACAAUGCCAGCUUGGAGAACAGGGAGUGGUCAUCUUCUAAAGCGGACCUGACAGACUCGAGAGCCUUGGAGAAAGCAGUGUCCCGUAGCCCUACCACCAGCAGCCUCACCAGUGGCUACUUCUCCCACAGUGCCUCCAAUGCUACUCUGUCAGAUAUGGCAGUCCCUUCCAGCGACAGCUCAGACCAGCUCGCCGUCUCGACAAAGGAGGUCGAGUGUGCCGAGCCCCCGGGACCAUCACUUGCACCUGACGUCCGACCAGCCUCGAAUCAAGAGCUCACAGAAGUAGGAAGAGACUCAGAGAAGGAUGAAUCAAUCGCCGUGCCGCUCGAGGAAAACAGUGCCUUACCCAAGGGGACCCCAUCACCCCAGAGCAGCCCUGAGGAAAAUUCCAGAAUGCCAUGCAGGACUGCUUCAUGUUCGGAACUGGAUGCCGGCCCCAGCAAAGAUGGCCACCAAGCCAGAGAAUUCUGUCCCGGAGAGGUGACAAUAGAACACACUACAAACAUUUUGGAGGACCACUCCUUCACAGAGUUCAUGGGUGUGUCUGACGGCAAAGACUUUGACGGUUUGGCAGAUUGUUCUGUAGGGGAGCCCUCCAGUCAGAGGGCUCUAACAAACGAAACGGACCAUAAAGGUAUCCCAGAAGGACCUCCGGAUGCUGACCGGCUGCAUCCCAAAAUAGAGAAUGACCAGGAAGCCACAGCCACUCGGUAAGGGACAGCCAUGCCUCUCCAAGGUCACAGCUCCGGCAGCUUCGCUCAUCGGUCCCACCCUGGGACAGUCCGUGCUCUGUCUUCAGAUAGCUGUGACCUAGCUUGACCUCAGACCAGCCUGGGGGAGCCCUGUGCUUCCCCUCCCCAGUGGGAGAAGCAGCACUUUGUCCCACGGUGAAAUCACAGCCCCUGCUCUUUCCAGAAAGGAAGAGAAUCUCGGCUUACCUACGUGGCAGUAUUUUCGUUAGCACUUCCGUACAAGCCCCCUCUGUGCAAAGACCUCCACAGACUCAAACUUCACUCUUGUACAUUUUUAAUCAGUUCUUCCUGCAGACUCUGGAGUCAGUGCUCUGAUCUCUUUUUAUAUGUAAUAUAUAUUAUGUAUAUGAAUUGUGUAUCUACGGUGUGUCUGUCCGGAGACGUAUCUGCAUACUGAAGGGCAGAUAGAUGAUUUGUUGAAAAUCCCAAGGUACUGGACUUUUGUUACAAAGCGACCCAGGUAACUGCCUGGACAGGAGCAGGAGAGAAGCGUAUCUUAUGUUCUGUAAGAAUGAGGUUCUAAAUCCCUCUUCAUAGAAAAGGUUGCAGGCACUGUUCUUUAUAACCAAAGAACUUCCAGGAGACUGAACGUCUUUGCUGUCCACUCUUGUUUUUGUGUGAGUAUAUAAUCUCACUCCAGUCUGGUGCCAUACUUCCCUUGGCUACCAAGCCACGUGCUGCCCUUGGUCCCUGUCCCCUUUCCUAAGCACACUGAGAAAUUGCACAGCUGUCACCUUCAGUCUUCCACCUCGCCUGGUACCUACUGACUCGAUAUCGACCCUUGCCAUGGGCGGGGCUCCUACUCCACCCUAGCAGUUCUCAUAUCCUGUCCACCUAUCCGAGCAGGCGGAGUGCACAGGGAAGUGUUACUACACGCAACGCAGCGAUGCACCAAGAGUCGGGGUAGAGCCCUGACUGGCGGCAGCUUUUUCAGGCUGUUUCAGGUCGCUAGCUUCUCUUGUGGUGUGGGUUUGCCGGUUUUUGCCUGACUCUGGAAAAAUGCUGAAGAGAAGGACUAAGCUAUCAAGUUUGUAGGUUUGCACGUCACCUUGUCUGAGGGGGAUUAAACAUUGGACCGCUCCGUUGUCAUUUUUUUUUCCCCUUUUUGGUUUUCAAAGUAUCCUGCAAGGAGAGACCUUCUAGGAUCGUGGUGUGGAAAAUUUUACAAAUAUAUUUUAUGUCCUUACUCUGUAGAUGCCUGUACAAUGGACCUCUAUGUACAGCUACACGUGUGUUGUGAGGAAGUGAGAGAGCAUGUGUGCAGUCUGCUGUACUUUUUUUUUUUUUUAAGUUCUUAGCAUUGGUGAGGGAGAUAUGGGAGAUUCUAUUGACAAGCUGCUGUUUUGUGUGUAUAGUGAGCUGACCGGUAGUAUUUUACUAUCAUCUGUUUAAAACAAAAACUGUAAUUUAUAUUCCCUAUCAACUAUUGUAUUUAAUUGGUACAGAUUUGUGUGUGUUUUAGAAUACAAACUGUCUAA